UAUAUGAUAUAUAAUAACACUGUACCUAAUACACUUAUAGUUUAAUCUUUAAAUUUUAAAUCUGAGAAAGAGUCAAUUGUAAAUAUUGUUUGAUAUACCUAUUUUUAGUUUUAUGUUAACUUUUACUCCUUAUUUCUACAAAAAUAAUGUCUGAUAAUUUUAAUGUACAAGACAUAAUAGAAUGUUCUGAUGAUGAAAAUUAUGGUUUUAAACAAAAUCAGAUGAAUGAAUGUUAUCCUGAACCAUCUGAAAUUUAUUCAUUGUAUAAAACAUUAGAGUCAUCUAAUGUUGCAUCUUUAAAACUAGAAUGGACUUGUCCUGGACGAAGGGAAUUAACACCUGAUGAUAGUCAAGUAUCUCAGAGUACCACUAAUGAACUUUGUGACAUUGCAGAAUCAUUGGAUCAAUCUGAUUUUGAUUUUCAAGAAGACAUAUCACAUAUGAACUUAAAUCGUAUGGAUGGCAAAAAAGAAUUAAAAGGAAGUGCUAAGAAGAAGACUACUAGUUUAGAUGCUGUUUUAUCAAAUAUGGCUAGACAUCAAAAAUUAGAUAAUAUGCUUGAUGAAAAAUUUGAUUCAUUAUAAAAUAUAAUUUUUCGAGAAGCUGAUAUAUAAACUAGAGAUAUGGAUGUCCAAAGAUAUUUUAAACCAAACGAUAAAAAUACAAAAAAAAGCCGCCUGGG